AUGAGGCCUCUCACUGAUGUCGAAACGCAGACGUUAUUCACAAAACUGGCCAACUACACUGGUCGCUCGCUAACCCAACUCAUCGCACCCUCCGACUCUUCGGACGACGACAGUGAUCGCCAUGUGUUCCGCCUGCACGAGUCUCGAGUCUAUUAUGUUCGAUUAUCGCUUGCCAAUCUAGCAACAGCGGUUGCUCGAGACAAUCUGCUUUCGUUGGGCACCUGUGUUGGUAAAUUCACGAAAACUGGAAAAUUCAGGUUGCACAUAACAGCGCUGGAUGUGAUUGCACCGCACGCACGAUACAAGGUGUGGGUCAAACCAAACGGAGAAAUGCCUUUUCUUUAUGGUGGCAAUGUCGUCAAGGCACAUGUUGGCAGAUGGAGCGAAGACUGUCCUGAACAUUCUGGGGUGGUUGUCCUCGCCAUGGAUGACACGCCACUUGGAUUUGGGGUGACGGCCAGGUCAACCGCGGAAGCAAGGAAGUUAGAACCAACGUCUGUGGUGGUCUUCCGACAGGGCGAUGUGGGGGAAUACCUGAGAGAAGAGGACAGUUUGUUUACAACUUGA